AUGCGGCCGUUUCCUCUCUUUGCAACCGCCUUCCUGGCCACGCUUUCCUUGGCGCAUCCCGGUGAGGAACAUCAACAUGAUCAUGUCAUCGAGCUCAGCAAGCGCGAAUUCAAGGCUACAGCUAGACGUAGCUUGUCCGGUUGUGAGAGCAAGCUAUACAAACGGGAUGGUCUGAUUGAUCGUGCAGCUGCGCGCCGCGCAGCCACAGUUGCUAAGUAUCGCAAGCGUCUUGUUGCCCGGGACACGGAUGAUGUGCUGAACACGACUCACCUGUCAUCAUCUGGUUAUACCCUUGACACACCAGAGACCACCAUCUUUGCAACGAACAACACCUGCGUACUGAAUCCUGAGGGAGAAACUGGGCCAUAUUGGAUAAAGGGCGAGUACAUACGCACGAAUCUGCGAGAGGAUCAGCCGGGAGUUCCCAUUGUGAUAGAGGCACAGUUCGUUAAUGUUGAGACCUGUGAGCCUAUUCCGGACUUGUAUUGGGAUUUGUGGAACUGCAACAGCACUGGCGUGUAUUCCGGACUGGUGGCGAAUGGAAACGGCAAUACGGAUGAUACAAGUAACACGAACGCAACUUUCCUUCGUGGAGUUGCCAAGUCUGACGAAGAUGGCGUGGUCCAAUUCGAGACCAUCUUCCCCGGUCACUACAGCGGUCGCACGACACAUCAUCACAUCGUGGCUCAUCUCAAUGCUGAGGUAUUGCCCAACAACACUCUAACCGGAGGCACCGUGCCUCAUGUCGGUCAGCUUUUCUGGGACCAAGAUUUGAUCUAUGCCGUCGAAGCCACGUACCCGUAUAAUCAGAACAACAUCACCAUCACAACCAAUGCCGAAGAUCGCGUGUUCUCCACCGAGACGGCCGAUACUACGUCCGAUCCGGUAUUUGAGUAUGUAUACAUUGGCAACAGUUUGAGCGAUGGUCUGUUCGGAUGGGUCACGAUUGCGGUCAAUGUCUCCGCUACAUACGAUCCAAACUACAGCUAUGUAUGGACUGCAAAUGGUAGUGUUGCGGAGUCUGGCGGUACUGUGACCGUUGACGGUGGUGACGGAGGCAACGGAACAAUCCCGUCAGGAGGAAUUUCCGGAGCUUUUCCUGGCGGUACUGCCUCAGUAUAGCUUUUGCUUUAGGAUAGAC